GAGAGUAAAAUAUUGGAACUACUGAAUCUAGCAGCAAAACCCUAGCGUUCAGACUAACCCGACCCAACCAAUCAGACCCAGUUAGUCAAUCAGCUUUCCCUUCUCUUUCUGUCUCGGUUUUUCGCUUCUGACUUCAAAGUCUCCGUCUUUCUGUCUUUUCUUUCGCAAUACUUCUGCUAAUUUAGUGUGAUUUUGGGCAUAGUUUCCUUUUUUUUGGGGCAAAAAUGGAGGCGGGGAGUUGCAGCUGUUCGGAAAAGAGAUUGUGGGCACUCUCUGUCAUGGAGGCUUUUAUGAUUGAGGCUGUUGUUCAUGUUUACGAGUCUCUCACUUGCCUUGUCUUGCUGACAGGACAAUUGCUGAAUGAUAUCGAUGGAUUACCAAAAUUGAAAUUAAUUGAUGAGAGUUUUUCUUUGGAUGAACUUCACAAAAGGGAAUGCCCUGAGUCGGAUAUUAAAGAUGCUAGUGAAACAGAGGAAGAUGACGAUGAAGAUGAGGAUAAUGCCGAUGAACAGGAUGAUGACGAAGAUGAUGAAGAUUUCUCUGGUGAAGAAGAAGGGGAGGAAGGGGAUCCUGAGGAUGAUCCUGAGGCCAAUGGUGAUGGAGGAAGUGAGGACGAUGAUGAGGAUGAUGAUGGUGAUGAAGAUGAUGCGGAUGAAGACGAAGAUGAAGACGAGGAGGAGGAUGAGGAAGAUGAGGAGGACGCCCAACCACCUUCUAAAAAGAGAAAGUGAAGACUAGCUAUAGCUCCACAAGCUUUGAUAUGUUUCUUUACCUUUGUCUCUGGAGCUUUUACUAGGAAAGGUGGGAUUUAGUUAGUCAGUUUGCAUAGAGUAGAGAAAUUUGCUAUACCCAGUGUGAAUGAGCAGCAUUUGGAGUGUUUAUCUUGUUAUUACAAAUUUAUUGUGGUAGAUGUUGAUGUGGAUAUUGUCGCCCUUCUGGCUGAAUUUGUAGAAAUUGGGGAUCUUUAUUUCAUUUUAUUUAAGACUGAUGAGUAGAA